GCCUUCGCCAUGCAACAGUCACGCACGCGAGCCAUCAGCGCUCUCAAGGGCUCCCGCUGCUUCUCCACCACCGCGCCCGCGCCCGCCAUCUCGCCCUACCGCCGCCCUGCCCAGACGCUCGCGACCAAAGUCACCCACGAAGAUGCCAAGCGCCCCCAGAGCACCGCCGCCGCCGCCACGCAGGCGCAACCGCGCUCCAGACCGUCGCCCGCCUUCAAUCGCCAUGACUACACCGAGGUCCAGCCCUUGAAGCAGUACCGCUCGCCCGCAAUGGACCACUCGUUUGUCGGCAUGACGGGUGGCCAAAUCUUCCACGAGAUGAUGCUGCGCCAGGGCGUCAAGCACAUUUUCGGUUACCCCGGCGGCGCCAUUCUUCCCGUCUUCGAUGCCAUCUACCAGUCAGAACACUUUGACUUUAUCCUUCCGCGACACGAACAAGGCGCUGGCCACAUGGCCGAGGGUUACGCCCGCGCCAGUGGCAAGCCCGGUGUUGUGCUCGUUACCUCUGGCCCCGGUGCCACCAAUGUCGUCACACCCAUGCAGGAUGCGCUCAUGGACGGAACGCCCCUUGUCGUUUUCUGCGGCCAGGUCGUUACCAGCGCAAUUGGAUCAGAUGCCUUCCAGGAGGCCGACAUGGUUGGCAUCACAAGGCCCUGCACCAAGUGGAACGUCCUCGUCAAGAACGUUGCGGAGCUGCCCCGGCGCAUCAACGAGGCUUUUGAGAUUGCCACGAGCGGCCGCCCAGGACCCGUUCUGGUUGACCUGCCCAAGGAUGUUACCGCCAGCGUUCUCCAAAGAGCCAUUCCCAUGAGUAGCAGCCUCCCCGCUACCGUCAGUGCUGCCACCAUUGCCGCACGAGAACUCGCCAAGCAGCAGUUGGACAGCUCCAUUAGGCGCUCUGCCAGCCUGAUCAACAAGGCCAAGAAGCCCGUCAUCUACGCUGGCCAGGGCAUUCUGCAGACAGAGGACGGCCACAAGCUUCUCAAGGAACUUGCCGACAAGGCCACCAUCCCCGUGACGACCACUCUGCAGGGUCUCGGAGGCUUCGAUGAACUCGACCCCAAGUCUCUGCACAUGCUGGGCAUGCACGGCUCCGCCUACGCCAACAUGGCCAUGCAGGAAGCCGAUCUGAUUAUCGCUCUUGGCGCCCGCUUCGACGACCGUAUCACGGGCGCCAUUUCCAAGUUCGCUCCCGCUGCCAAAGCUGCGGCAGCAGAGGGUCGCGGAGGCAUCAUUCACUUUGAGAUUAUGCCAAAGAACAUCAACAAGGUUGUCCAGGCCACCGAGGCCGUCGAGGGCGACCUUGGCGUCAACCUGAAGCAGCUCCUGCCCCUCGUCAACAAGGUCGAUGACCGCCCCGAAUGGCUGGGCCAGAUUGCGGUCUGGAAGAAGCGCUUCCCGUGGGCCUACGAGAAGGAGGGCGAGAACGGCCUCAUCAAGCCUCAGACAAUCAUGGAGAAGCUUUCAGACCUGACGGCCGACCGCAAGGAGGAGACGAUUCUCACGACUGGCGUUGGCCAGCAUCAAAUGUGGUGCGCGCAGCACUACCGGUGGCGAUACCCCCGCACAAUGAUCACCUCGGGUGGUCUCGGCACCAUGGGUUACGGUCUUCCGGCCGCCAUCGGAGCAAAGGUCGCUCGGCCAGAAUGCACCGUCAUCGACAUUGACGGUGACUCAUCUUUUAGCAUGACUCUGACUGAGCUCUCGACUGCUGCAGAGUUCAACAUUGGCGUCAAGGUGAUUAUUCUGAACAACGAGGAGCAGGGUAUGGUCACGCAAUGGCAAACUCUCUUCUAUACGGACCGCUUCGCCCACACGCACCAGCGCAACGCCGACUUUGUCAAGCUCGGUGACGCCAUGGGUGUUCAUGCCAGGCGCUGCAUCAAGCUCGAGGACCUGGAGGAUUCUCUCAAGUGGCUCCUCGCGACCGAUGGACCUGCGCUCUUGGAGAUUGUGACUGACCAAAAGGUGCCUGUUCUGCCCAUGGUACCUGCAGGUAGUGCGCUGCACGAGUUCCUGGUCUACGACGAGAAAACCGUCCGAGAACGGCGAUCUCAAACGAAGAGCAGAUCGGGUCGUUAAAUAUAGUGUUUAAUGUUUCGCGUCUUCCUCAUUCGUUGUGUAUAUCCUUGGGUCGGUACCGGCGUUUCUAUCGGCAUCUUAUUUCCUUGUGCCACGCGCAUGCAACUGUUUGGCAAAGUUUCGCCAGUCAAAAGUACAUAUGUUUUUGUACACCAAAAUAUGAAGGCGGGAAAAUGAUGCAAUUGGUUUCUGUUGGAUAGGUUCUUGCUGUGGUAAUGAGGAAUUCGGCCUCAACCAUGGUUUCAGUAUGAGAAUACCAAGCAAUGCUGCCCUUGGCUUGAAAAUAAAUCGUCUGAUCUGGGCAUGUAAUUUAAGCGGCAAGAAUAUUUCACAGGGCAAAAUUUACACAGGUAUAAUUCGACAUACAAGCCAAGUC